UCUUUUCUUCUUUUGGAAGUCAAAAUCGGGAAUAAACACUGAUGUGUGGUGAUCACAACAAGACAACACCAAUGUUCACAAACACAUUCCUUCCUAUCUAGACAAACAACAACUGCUCAAAAACAUUCCAUAACUAUGGCUUCUUCUGUUGCCCACAACAAUUUCUCAAUGAUUCCUCUUUUUGUUGGUUUGCUUGUCAUUGCUUCUUCUCUUGGCCCUGUCCUUUCCUCACCAUUAAUGUCUGAUUCCAGUCACAAGCAAAUGAAAAACCAUACUUUUAAACCUGCUAAGGAGAUUCAGAAGCUAAGGAGAAUAAAUGCUUAUCUCAAGAGGGUCAAUAAGCCUGCUGUGAAGACAAUUCAGAGUCCAGAUGGUGAUAUCAUAGAUUGCGUUCUCUCUCAUCUUCAACCUGCUUUUGAUCACCCUGAGCUUAGAGGGCAGCAACCAUUGGAUCCACCGGCGAGGCCAAAACGUCAUAAUUCUACUGAAGCAAACUCUGAAAACUUGCAGCUAUGGACUGCCUCCGGUGAAUCUUGCCCCAAAGGAACUGUUCCAAUCAGAAGAACUACAGGGAAAGACAUUUUGAGAGCAAGUUCUUUUAGAAGACAUGGAAGAAUAAGAAGACAUGUUAGAAGAGACUCAACGGGCAGCGGCCAUGAGCAUGCUGUUGUGUUUGUGAACGGAGAUCAGUAUUAUGGUGCAAAGGCAAGCUUAAACGUGUGGGCUCCUCAAGUGACUAAUGAAUACGAGUUUAGCUUGUCACAGAUAUGGAUAAUCUCUGGUUCUUUCGGCAAUGAUCUUAAUACCAUUGAAGCUGGUUGGCAGGUUAGUCCUGAACUAUAUGGAGACAAUUACCCUAGGUUCUUCACAUACUGGACGACUGAUGCAUACCAAGCCACUGGGUGCUACAACUUGCUUUGCUCUGGGUUUGUCCAAACCAACAAUAAGAUUGCUAUUGGAGCAGCCAUCUCUCCAAUGUCCUCCUACAAUGCCAGGCAGUUUGACAUCGAUAUAAUGGUUUGGAAGGAUCCAAAACAUGGACAUUGGUGGUUAGAAUUUGGAUCAAGAUUGCUAGUUGGAUACUGGCCUGCGUUUCUGUUCAGUCACUUAAGAAGCCAUGCCAACAUUAUACAAUUUGGAGGAGAAAUAGUGAACACUAGAUCGUCCGGAUUCCACACAUCAACACAAAUGGAUAGUGGCCAUUUUGCUGAAGAAGGCUUUGGAAAGGUAGCUUAUUUCCGAAACUUGCAGACUGUUGAUUGGGAUAAUAAUUUGCUGCCUCUAACAAACCCGCGCCUGUUGGCCGAUCAUUCAAACUGUUAUGACAUCAGACAAGGAAGAAAUAGUGUUUGGGGAACGUACUUUUACUAUGGUGGCCCUGGAAGGAAUGUAAGGUGUCCAUGAGUAAAAGUGGAACGCAUAGGAUAAAAGAAUUGAAGUUCAUUUUUCUUUUUCUUUUUUUAACCCAACUCAAAUU